UUUCCUUCAAGACUUAUUACGACAACAAACCCAAUUUUCUCUGCGUCGCAAAUCUGAUCGAGGAAUUACCGAGUCAAGCUUUCCUCUUGUUUCAUUCCAGCGUUCCCCCCAACCUACUUAGUACAUAUUUAUCAAGCUCCUAAAAGAUAUCCUCGAAAGAGUUCGAUUUCCCCGCGUUCCGAAGUCCAAAAAUUCCGCUACAUCCUACGAUAAUCGGCAACCCAUACGGCCAACUGCAUUUGAAGUAGAAAAUAAGAAUAGAAACAUCCAUAUUAGAAACAGAGAAAGAAAUGCCACAGGGAAGCGGUUUCCACCCAUUUGGUGGCAGGGUAUCCAAGCAUUUCGGCGACACGGUACGUAUCAAAGCCUUGUGAAAUUUGCUUGUCUAUUGGUGACACCAGCGGAAGGCUUUUGUAGGGCUGCGCAAAUCGAGGCUGACGAGAGUGAUUAUUUUAGCUUUCUCCUGAAGAUCCAUAUCUGAGUUGUGAGUUUUUCUCCUCAUAAUGCUUUUGCAUCUCUGCGGGGUUGUUCCGGCAUGUUGCUAAUUAUUCACGAUCUAGAUUACGAUGUAAGAUGUAGGUUGACUCGAUGGUUUUGAGGAGUUACAUGUGAGCUGGCAGACUAAACUUUGGCGACGAUAGUGACAAGGGAAGAUGUUGAUACCCUGAAGAAUGACUGGCUCACGGAUAAUGUAUACUGCCCAUUUAUUCUCCUCCUUCAAAGUACUUAUUGACCGUUUCUGCAACAGACGAUAGCCUUCUGGCAAGAGUACGUAAUUCCUCAACCAUUCGCAGACAUCUUUCUCCACAAGGUCCAGCACUAAAAAAUUUCCUCAAUCCCAGAUAUCUCGAGAACGAAUAUCUCAAAAAAUACCCGUCCUCGAACAUCGUCCUCCUCCGACCCUCCAUGUCCUUUAUGCUAAGAAUGCAGCCCGACCCCGUCGCGCUCCGUUCCGCCCUUCCAAAUUUCACACGCACAACACACAUCUUCCUGCCCAUAAACGACAACCGCAACGUCUCGCAGGCAGAAGGCGGAUCUCACUGGUCACUCCUCCUCGUCUCGGUUAUUGAUGGCGUAGCCUUCCACUACGAUUCGCUCUCAGCAUCGAAUUUUGAAGAGGCGCGCAUGACGACAUAUAAGAUGGCUCAAUUACUAGGUCGACCAUUGAGUUUUCUCAAUCUGCAGGAUUCGCCCCAGCAGCAGAAUGGUAGCGAUUGUGGGGUCUACGUGUGUAUCAUUAUGCGCCAUUUAUUGUUAAAGCGAUUGUUGGCCGCGAAUGCAAAGGAAAAGGUCAGUAUGAGUAUGGGGGGUAAAUUGGUGGAUGCAAAUGGGGCACGGAAGGAAAUGUUGAAGAUUAUCGAAGGGUAUAGAAAAGAGGGAGAGAGAAGGAGAUCGUGAGUUUUCUCUAUUUUCUUUUCUUUUUUUGCUGCGUAAGUUCUUACUCGAAACGAAUUUCUCCUAAUAUCCAAACUUGCGCAGACACGAUGAAAGUCGCAGUUCCUCCCCCUUUCAAAAGAAUAAUCGAAGUCCUCCAAGAAUCGAUUCAUGAGACUCCACGUGCAUGCAUGAGCAUGACUAUAAGAAUUCAAUAGGCGUUACAGGUUCAUGGCGGGACAGCGUUGGGAUUUUGGAGCACAUGAACGAAACGACACGAGCACAAAGAGAAAUGGUUUGCAUGUUAUUCCCAUUCUAUAGCUUUACUUUUACUUUACUCUACGACACAUUUUGCAUUUUGGCAAAAAAUGUGCUUUGGGAACUGGUUGGUUGGUUGCGUGCGUGCGAGCAUCAAGAACGAUGAUAUGAGAUUUGCGUGUGCGUUGUCGUAAUGUUGGCAUCACAUGGAAUGCUACAGCUUGUAUAAAGGGCUCG